UGCAGUGCAUCUGUCGGUUCGAGCGAGAAGCAUAACAACACUGUUGCAAGCUAAGCUUAAGCUAGUUCGAUCGACGAUGGAAAAUUACCAUCAUCUUCUUCUUCUUCUUCGACGGUGGGUGGUAAUUGUGGCGGUGGCAGUGGUACUGCACGCCCAUGGGGACCUACUAGCAGUGCAGGCGGCGGCGCAGAAGCAGCUGGUUCCGUGCAUGUACAUCUUCGGCGACUCGCUGGUGGACAACGGCAACAACAACAACAUCCUCAGCCUCGCCAGGGCCAACUACCGCCCCUACGGCGUUGACUUCCCCGACGGCGCCGCGCCGCCCGGCCGAUUCACCAACGGCCGCACCAUGGUCGACCUGCUCGCCGGCCUCCUCGGCUUCCAGCCGCCCUUCAUCCCCGCCUACGCCAUGGCGCAGCCCUCCGACUACGCGCGCGGGCUCAACUUCGCCUCGGGCGCCGCGGGCGUCAGGCCGGAGACCGGGAACAACCUCGGCGGCCACUACCCUCUGUCGGAGCAGGUGAGCCACUUCGCGUCGGUGGUGGGCCAGAUACCGCCGGAGGGGAGAGAGAAGCGGCUGGGCCGGUGCAUCUACUACGUGGGCAUGGGCAGCAACGACUACCUCAACAACUACUUCAUGCCCGACUACUACAACACCGCGCAGACCUACGACCCCGCCGCCUACGCCGCCGCCCUCCUCCAGGAAUACGAGCGCCAGCUCAUCGCCCUCCACGCCCUCGGCGCCAGGAAGUUCGUCGUCGCCGGCGUCGGCCAGAUCGGGUGCAUUCCCUACGAGCUGGCCAGGAUCGACGACGACGGCGAUGACCAAGGACGUGGACGCCCCCCUCGUACCUCCUCCACCGGCAUCGGCCUCUCGAUCCCCGGCAUCACCGUCAGCAUCGGCGGCAACCGGAGCGCAGGUAGCGGCGGUGGCGCGACGAAAAAGAGCGGGUGCAACGACAAGAUCAACAGCGCCAUCGCCAUCUACAACAAGGGGCUGCUGGCCAUGGUGAAACGCCUCAACGGCGGGCAGCAGACGCCGGGGGCAAAGCUCGUCUUCCUCAACGCCGUCAACAGCGGCAAGGACCUGGCGGCCAACGCGGCGGCGUACGGGUUCACGGUGGUGGACCGCGGGUGCUGCGGCGUGGGGAGGAACAACGGCCAGAUCACGUGCCUGCCCAUGCAACGGCCCUGCGACGACCGGAGCAAGUACAUCUUCUGGGACGCCUUCCACCCCACCGAGGCGGCCAACAAGAUCAUAGCCAACAAGGUCUUCACCUCAUCCUCCACCGCCGACGCCUACCCCAUCAACGUCAGCCGCCUCGCCGCCAUAUGAGAUCUCGAUCGACCCACUCCACUCCACUUGAUCCCUUUAAUUAAGUAGCUACUUCAUCGUUUUUCUUCGGUACAAUAAAAUUGUGAAGAACAAUUACUACUAGGUGCGUGCGUUGGUCGGACGUGUGGAGAUCCUGAUCAGCUACGCCCUGCACGGUCGGUUCUCGCACUUAAAAUGGUUGAUCUAGUGCAUGCCUCAAUUGUUGCAACAAAAAUCUCUCACAUGCAACACUAUUUGUUUUUAUG